AUGCUUUCGCUCCCCAACAUCCUCCUCCCCCUCCUCUUCCUCACCCCCUUCUCCACCGCCCACGCCACCCCCUCAACCCACAAACUCGAAUAUGGCCGCUACACCGUCCCCUCCCGGGCCUCCAACAACGGCAUGCUCGAAAUCACGGACCAGAUCGAUCCGCCAUGCAAAGACUGCCUCAUCACAUUCAUGCAAGUGGCGUUAGAGUACGCCGACGGCAGCGACGCGGACGCCGAUACCGGGAUGUGGAUGCACCAUUUCGUGUUUGUGAAUGAUCGGGAGACGACGUAUGAGGGCGAGACGGAGGGGCAUCCGUUCUUUGCGAGUGGGAAUGAGAGGACGGCGUUGGAUUUGACGGGGGGUGGCCAGGACCCCGUAGGAUACCACUUCCGCUCCACGGACCGCCUGACGUUCUACGGCGAGCUGAUGAAUAUGCUCUACGAAGAACAGACCGUCGUCCUCUCCGUCCUGUGGGAGUACGUCAUAGCUCCCUACACCGACUACGCCCUCGCCACGCCGUACUGGCUCAAUAUAGGCGGGUUCGGGGACUCGGAUCGUCCAGCGGCGAAUAACUCACGGUUUACGUAUAGUUCUCCCACGCUGACGCCCGACUUCCACGGACGGAUCGUGUUCAUCGGCAGCCAUCUUCAUGAUGGAGGGACUCUGGUGGAGGUCUUCAAGAAUGGGGAGGUGCUUUGUGGGGUCAAGCCCGUUUACGGUGAAAGUAAAGGCGAGUCGGCAGAUGGGGCGUUGCAUAUCGUAGCCAUGCCUGUGUGUCUCGAUGCUGGGAGAGUGCAGCCGGGCGAUCAGUUCAAUCUCACGGCGACGUUUGAUACGUUCGAGUACGCGCCCAUGGUGAAUAAUGAUGGGUCUUUGGAGCCGAUCAUGGGGGUUGCGGUGGCGUAUGUUGUGAAAGAUGAUGGGCCUCCUGUGAAGCGGGAGAUUGACUGGAAGGUGUGGAUUCCGUUGGGCUUCGUCCUUCUGUUGCUGCUGGUAGCUGGUUUUGCUGGAGUUCGUGCGGGCUUGAGGUCUCGGAGGAGAUAUGCUGAGUGGUUGAAGAGGGAGCAGUACCAGCCUGUGCACGGGGACGAGGAGACUGACGCAUUUCUGGAGAAGUGA